CAGGCUGAAGCUGGAGAAUCAGUCAGGGAUUUCCCCUGCUCCAUAGCUAUACAGAAUAGAAAAGUAUCUCCUCCCACAGAGGAUUGCGUGAGCUGCUCAGCCCUGUCACUUGAUCUCUUAGUGUUCGACAAAACUUAGCAGGAGUGGGCCAGACUCACAGAACCGAGCUAGGGGAGUCACGCUCUGCUUAGAAAUCACCUUCCGGAAUCCAGCACCCAGCAAGGAUCUCGGCCCCCUCACAAGCUGAAUGCAGGUUUGUAUGAACCGAGGAAAAACAUUCCGUCUCUCCAUAGAGCUAUGGGCUGCAGAAUUCACUCUGAAACUGCCAGAAACUGCUCCAUUGCUCACAGAAAAAGGCUGCCAUAGCAGCAGAACAGUUGGCUUGUAGUGCUAAUCCCUGGAACUUUUGUGAAAGUGCACAUACUCGCCUGCAAUUCCAGUUAUACAGGGGUCCUGUGUGCAAAAUGAUGCAAUCUAUAUCCCUGAGCUGCCUUAUCCUCUCCCUGGUUGUUACAGUACUUUCCAAAGGGAAUACAGACUGCCCCUGUGACGCAGCAAAUUUCUGCCAUUGUUCCUCCAUGCACUGGGAGGCUAUUCCAUCUGGAUUGCCAAGAGAUGUCAGGGGAUUAAACCUGUCCAGCAAUGCCAUACAGAUUGUCACUGAGACUGACCUGCAACCCUAUGACCAACUGCAGACACUCCUGCUGCAGUAUAAUGCAAUACACACUAUAAAUGACGGCUCAUUCCAACCACUUGGAAACCUUGAAGAAUUAGAUUUAUCAUACAACAAUUUAAGUCACUUAUCAUCCGCUUGGUUUAGAAAUUUGUACAACUUAAAGCACUUAAAUCUCCUAGGUAACCAAUACUUAACACUUGGAAAUAAUUCACUAUUUGCCAGUCUUUCCUCCUUAAGAUCAUUACAGUUCGGAAAUCAGGAUUUUUCUGCUAUUCAGAAGCUUCAUUUUGAGAGUUUAGAGAGACUUAAUAUACUUGAAAUAAAGGCGGCACAACUUGGACUGUAUGAAGAGGGGAGCCUUGCAGCAAUAAAGCAAAUAAACCAUGCUGUUUUGACAGUGAAUAUUCAGAACCUACGUGCGCUGCUAAAUGACUUUAUACAUUCUGUGACCCUGCUAGAAAUGAAAGACAUGCAGUUUGGCGAUGCUGCUGAUGUGAAAGCUAUGGUGAUACUCAAUGAUACCAGUAUUAAGUACUUGGUCUUCAGGAACUGUAUUAUAACAGACCAAAGUGCAUCAAGAUUACUUGAAAUUUUUCAGACUUACAGAAACAUAACAGAUUUUAUAUUGGAUGAUAGCACACUUUAUGGAACAGGGACAGCAUCCCCAGUAAUUGGAGAUGACCCCUUUUCUGUUACUACAGCCAUUAUAAAUAAAUUGCACAUACCCAAGUUUUUCUUGUUUUCUGACCUGCAAGGAAUAUAUAAACUUGCUUCUAAUUUUAAAAAUAUUGCUUGUAUAGACAGCAAAGUUUUCUUAAUGCCAUGUGCUUUUUCACGGUCUUUUUCUUCUCUUCAGUACCUGGACCUCAGUGGAAAUCUCCUUUCGGAUAACCUGUUGGCAAGCUCGGCAUGUGCCUUUGAAGGCGGGGGUGCAUGGCCCAUAUUGCAGACUUUAAAUGUCAGUAGAAAUCUUCUGACCUCUUUGCGGAGACUUGCACAAAUAACGUCUGGCCUGAAAUACCUCACUAACCUGGAUGUCAGUCAAAAUAAUUUUGGUGAAUUAUCAACUUCUACUUGCCAAUGGCCUAAAAGCCUUAAAUACCUGAACAUCUCAAGCAGUCAGAUGAGUAAUAUAACUUGCAUUCCUCCAACUUUACAGAUCUUGGAUGUGAGUUCAAAUUAUCUCACAGUAUUUACAAUUAAAAUGCCAAAUUUGACAGAACUUUACAUAUCCAACAACAGACUGAGUAAGUUACCAGAAGGCAUGUAUUUUCCAAGGUUAUUUAUGUUAAGUAUAGAUAGAAACAAACUAAAUGACUUCUACCAGUCAGAUUUGGAUCUGUUUCCCCAACUCACUACACUGGAUGGAAGAGACAACAAUUAUUUAUGUUCUUGCCAAUUUUUAAGCUUUAUGCAUUCCCAUACAAUUGCUUUGGUAGGUUGGCCCGAUGACUACAUAUGUGAUUCUCCUUCUUCAGUAAGAGGCAAACGGAUACAAGAUGCAAACCUGCCUCCCCUGGUGUGCCAUAAAACACUAAUUGUAACACUGUCCUGUAUUCUCUUGAUAGCACUUGUAGCAGCUAUUGCAGCUCUUUGCCACUUCCUUCAUGUUGUAUGGUAUGCAAAGAUGACCUGGGCCUGGCUAAAAGCCAAAAGAAAGCCCCUGAAAAACUGUGACAGAGAGAUUUGUUAUAAUGGGUUUGUUUCUUACAGUGAAAGAGACUCUGAAUGGGUUGAGAAUAUGAUGGUGCCAAAGCUGGAAAAUGCUGUCCCGCCAAUGAAACUGUGCUUGCAUAAGCGCGACUUUGUACCCGGCAAGUGGAUUAUUGAUAACAUUAUAGAUGCAAUGGAGAAGAGCUAUAAAACCGUGUUUGUGCUCUCCGAGCACUUUGUCAGAAGUGAAUGGUGCAAGUACGAGCUGGAAUUCUCUCACUUCCGUCUCUUUGAUGAAAAUAACGACACCGCCAUUUUGAUUCUUUUGGAGCCCAUUGAGAACGAAACUGUCCCAAAACGAUUCUGCAAGCUGAGGAAGCUCAUGAACACUAAAACAUACUUGGAGUGGCCUACGGACGAGGAGCAGCAAGAAGUAUUCUGGGAUAAUUUGAAAACAGCGUUGCAGUCAGAAUACUAAACUCAUUUUUGGGUCAAAUAUAAACAUUUCUGUUACUACAUGGUAAAGUUCUCCAUUAAAAAAAAUAUAAUUCUCAGCAAUUUUCCAAUCCAAUCAAUUUUAGAGCUGUUUGCAAAUGUGAGGAGUUGCGGACCUAGACAUGAUCAGCCUUUGAUCUGGAACCUUAUGAGUCUGGGGUUCCAUUCCCUGUGAAAACUGCUUGUGGCCCUGGACAUGUCACUAAGGGGGCCAUUUACUAAUGCUCAGAUUUUGUUUCCCUGAUUCGGAUUUUUUAGCACUAAAAGUUGCAGAAAAA